GCUGACAGCUGAAGAAGUAGAAUCUCUAGAGGCUGAUACAACCAACCGCUGGCAAGGAGUCUGCAUUAGCAGAGCAUCUCCCACACCAUCAGAAUCUGCAGCCACUGUGAAAUCACUGAUAAAAUCAUUUGACUUAGGAUGCUCAGGUAGCACUGGACAAAAUAUCACGGUUCACAAGGUCCCCAGGAGCCCUCUAAGUGGAAUUCCAGUGAGGACAGCCCCAGCAGCUGCUGUUUCCCCCAUGCAGAGACAUUCGGUUUAUAAUAAUGCCAAGCCAGCCAGCAAGGGCGUUGCCAGACACACAGAUCUUUCAGACCUUCCUCUUGCAGACCUUCUGAAGGGGAGAAACGAAGAGCUGAAACCAGACCAUUACCUCCGUAAAAGCCCCUCCCUGGAAUCCCUGAGCAAACCCCCUAUGGCCUUCAGCAGCAGAAUGCUUACCUCUACCCCCAGCAGCUUGAAACCCCAAAGCAAACUCAGUGUGGAGAGAAAGGACCCGCUGGCAGCCCUGGCUCGGGAGUAUGGUGGUUCGAAGAGGAAUGCUCUGUUGAAAUGGUGCCAAAAGAAGACUGAAGGUUACCAGAAUAUUGAUAUUACCAACUUCAGCAGCAGCUGGAGUGAUGGGCUGGCCUUCUGCGCUCUCCUGCACACGUAUUUGCCUGCACAUAUUCCUUACCAGGAGCUCAACAGUCAGGAUAAAAAGAGAAAUCUGCUGUUAGCAUUUCAAGCUGCUGAAAGUGUAGGCAUCAAACCCAGCCUGGAGCUCAGUGAGAUGAUGUACACGGACCGGCCAGACUGGCAGAGUGUGAUGCAGUACGUCGCCCAGAUCUACAAGUACUUUGAGACCUGAGAUGCAGAGCAAGAGGUGGACAGAAGUGGGGAAGAGAACAAAGAAUGCUACAGAUGCACUUGAUCACUUUAAAAAUCUGCUUGCUCCUCUUCCACAACCAACGUAAGCUCUUAGUUUGAAAGAAAGCUCUUCCAUAAUUUUGAUUACAUCUGGGACUGCAACCAAAUAAAUAUCCAUUGUCCAUCUAUACAAACCAAAUUAAUCUGUACUUUUAUUCCCACAUGGAAAUUGCAAAGCAUUUUUGAACACACAUGGGAUAUUUCUGA